CCUGACACGCCCCAUCAGACCAUGCCGACCUCGUCGGGCCUGGGGAACCUCUACAAUCUCGGCAACAUCAACGACAAGCUGCCCAAGAUCCCCGAGCACCAGAUCCACCAGCUGAUCGACUCCGUGAGACUCGAGCGGCCGACACGCGUGCGGCGAUGGGCGAAUGAGGGCGAAUACCACUCGAUAUGGCUGCUCGUCUACCCCGACUCCCCGGCGAGAGACCUCGUGCUGCGCAUUUCCGGCACCCACCUGCCCCGCAUCAAAACCGAGAAUGAAGUCGCUGUCAUGUUGUGGGUUGCGAGCAACACCAAGAUCCCGAUCCCGCAGGUCGUUCGUUACGACUCGUCUACGAAUAACCCGAUCCGGCAUGAAUACACAAUCCUCACACGUGCCGUUGGCAACACUCUAGACGCAGAGUGGCCACAUCUCGAGGAAAAGCAGCGGAUGACUGUUCUGGACACUUUUGCUGACUAUCUCGCCGAGCUUCACGCUGUUGAGUGGCAUCACAUCGGCGGUCUACGCAUCGUCGAUGGGAAGAUUGUCCCAGGACCCGUGCUAGAAGACAGCUUCUGGCAAGUUCCAGAUAUCGCGCGAAUCUGGCCCCGUGAGAGCGUCGAGUCUCUCAACAUCCAAGGCCCGUUCUCCACCUACGUCGAGUACAUCACCGCGCACAUCCAGAAGUACAUCUACGCCAUCAGACGCCACGAAGCACUAGGCGGCAUGCGCGAGCUGCUCCUCGAGAUCAACCGCUUCGUCAACGCCAUUCAACGAGACGCCGAGGAGCUGAACCAUGUCAAGCUCCGUCUAGCGCACAAGGACCUUCACUUCCACAAUGUCAUGUACGAUAGGACGACGCACAAGAUCACCGCCAUUCUCGACUGGGAGUUCUCGGGCGUCGUGCCAUUCACGAAGUGGAAUCCCACGAGGGCGUUUCUGGCUCACACGCCUAUUGAUGACCAGGCGGUUGCGAGGAAGCUGGCGUUGGUCAGGGUAUUUGACGAGCGGUGUUCUGCGAGGGGUAUCACGUUCCUUCGCGAUGCGGAGUUCACUUCGAAGAAGCAAGAGAGUAUGCAGGCGGUGGCGGAUUACUUGAGGAGUCUAGUUGAAGUGAUCCCAAGGGGGGAGAAGUUGGGCUUGGCUAUGGGUUGGCGGAGGGAGCUCGAGAGAAACAUGGCUGUUUUUGAGUGAUUGGGAUCAUGGGAUGCGUUGAAGGGAAGGUUUAUGGAUUAUCGAUACCCUCAUUGACUGAAUGGCGCACCCCCUGAGGUGCUAACAAUGAAAAUUGAAUGAUGCACUGGCUAAUUAUGAGAAUUUGAAGGUUGAAUAGGCAGGAGAGUCUUCAGAUGAUCAAACGAACCCAGGAAAGAGGUACUCUAACCUAAAACUCCUGGAAAUGACAUCGUGAAGGUGGAUAGGCAUGAGAGGCCUCAGAUAGCUAACCACGACCAAAAUCGCGGUCCUCCAAUCUGGACCCUCACAGAAAUGACAUCUUGUGUUUUUAUGAGAUGAAUAGGCUUGGAGGACCACAGACGUUCACUCCCCACAGAAAUGAAAUCUUAUGUUGUCAUGAGAUGAAUAGGCCAGAAGGACCACAGACGUUCACCUAUAUUAUCAAAAGCGUACCAAAAGAUGUCCAAUUGAGAGAGAGAAA